AUGUCAACGCAACAAGCACCCGCGCCGCGAUGGAAGACGUUGGCUCAGGAGAACAUUGCCAAAGCAUUCAAGGAAGGGGAGAAGAGUAGUGUCUUGUACCAAGUGCUCUCCACCGUCAGUCCCGGCCCACCUCCCGUCCCUCACUCGCGCUACGUCGUGCACCGAGGAUUCGUCAAUGAACAGCGCUCCAAGGAGACGGCCUCUGGCAUCGAAACAUUUGACAAGAACUUCUUGGCCUCCAACAGUCUCAUCCUCACGACGACCGACAUCCGAGCGCCCAAGGCUCAGGAGAUGGCUGCGACUGCCAAGGAGACCGGGGCGGCCAGAGGAGAGAUUUGUUGGUGGCAGGAGAGUAGCCAGAUUCAGCUCCGUCUCAAUGGAUACUACCAUCUCCUCCCUACCGCCUCGCAUCCCCUGGCCAAGGAGUUCCCUGGGGAGCGCCUGUCCCCACCCCACUCAAAUUCGUCCUCCUCGUCUUCGACCUUCGAUUGGGCGCAAGAGCGCCAACGUCACUACGAGAAGCUCUCGCCUGACCUUCUUGCUUCAUUUGCCCGUCCCAUUCCGGGCUCUGCCCACCCUAAGUCCGGCUCUCUCUCGGCUGGCCCAGGGGAAGACGGUAAGGAAGGAGAGGAAGAGAAGAGCCCUUGGCCUCUCAAGCUGCCGCCUCCGGGCAAGGCAGAGAAUGAGGAGCAGAGGAAGGCGUUGGAGGAGAGUGAGAAGAACUUUGCGCUGCUUGUAUUUGAGCCACUGACGGUUGAUGUGGUGGAUUUGACGAGGGACAAGAGGAGUCUCUUUGAGAGAAAGGGAGACUCGCCUAAUGGAGAGUGGACGGAGAAGAGGCUGGUACCGUGA